GUCCAGGCCCCUGGCGCUCCCUAACCGCCGAGGCAUCAUGUCCCGCUCGGAGGAGGUGAACCGGCUGACCGAAAACGUCUAUCGGGUGAUUCUGGACCAGUUCAAUCCAAGUUUAAGGAAUUUUGUUACCAUGGGGAAAAGUUAUCAAAAAGCCCUCUCAGGAGUUACUGUUGCUGCCAAAGGCUAUUUUGAUGCUUUGGUGAAACUUGGUGAGUUGGCCAGUGACAGCCAAGGAUCCAAAGAGCUGGGUGACACCUUGUUCCAGAUGGCUGAAGUCCACAGGCAGAUGCAAGUACAGUUGGAGGAGACGCUGAAGUUUUUCCACUCUGAGAUGCUAUCCCAGCUGGAACACAAACUGGAGCUGGAUAUCAAAUAUCUGAUGGCUACCCUGAAAAAAUACCAAGCAGAACAUCGUGCCAAAGCUGAAUCAAUUGAAAAGUGUCAGACUGAGUUGAAGAAACUGCGGAAGAAAUGCCAGAAUAGCAAAAACCCAAUGAAGUAUGGGGAUCGUGAAGUGCAGUAUGUGGAAAUCAUGAGCACCAAGCAGAGCGAGCUGGAUCAGUUUGUGGCAGAAGGCUACAAAGCAGCCCUGACGGAGGAACGGCGCCGAUACUCAUUCCUGGUGGAUCGCCAGUGUGCUGUUUCCAAGCACUUCAGCAAUUAUCAUAGCAAGGUGCGGGAGCUGUUGUCAGGCAGACUGCCCAUUUGGCAAACAUCAUGCACCCAACCAACUCGUUUACCUGAGCGGGCAUUGGCUCUGGUCAAGCUCACUGCCAACAACACCACAGCUGGCAUUUCUGUUCCAGGCAUGGAUCCCCUCCUUGUCUCCAAGACCCUGGAAGAGCCUUUAGAAUUGGGACAAAAUCACCGGACUUCAAUCCAGGAAGGAACACUGCUAUUAAAUGGGGAUUUGCACCGUGGGCGAGGAUCCCGUGACUUCAAUCACCUGUCAAUCAGUGAGCCCCUCACCACCACCUCAGGUCUGAUCCCCACCCAGCCCACUCAGAGUCCUUCACAAAUCAAGAUUGCUGACAGUUAUUCUUGCACUCUGCCAAUGCCACGCAAGAUGUCCAUGGAAACCCGCCUGGCAACUGUAGUAGAGAACAAGACCCUGCCCCGCAUUAAUCCUCUUUCAAUCCUGCCUCCACGUUCCGAGCGUCCAAGAGUCCAGGCAAUCUUCUCCCAUUCGGCAGGAGAGAACAGCACUCUUCUCAACUUCCAAGAGGGAGAUAUCAUCCUUUUAUUGGUGACUGAGGCGAGGGAUGGCUGGCAUUAUGGGGAAAACGAGACAACCAGAAUGAAAGGUUGGUUUCCGUUUUCCUACACACGACCCUUUCCUUCAGCUGAAGGAGCUAACAAACUACUCAGCAGUGGCUUCUCUCUUAGCAAGAUGAACAGUAGCAGCACAGGAAAUUUGGAUCGAGCUGGAUCUCCUCCUGCUGGACCUGAUGGGGAAGAUGAUUUAAGGUUUGGCCCUUCGGCUCGUAUCUGUGCAUCUCGACAACGACCUUACAGCAUGUUGAAUCCAGACCUGUCACAGUUGGCAAGUGAGUUUGGAAGUCCAACUGCCUCUCCUUCAAGGAUCAAUCCCUUUGCUCAUGUUAAGCUGAAACGUACGGUGACCAAUGACCGCUCGGCCCCGCUCAUCCAGUAAAACGUGCAAUCAAUGUUAAGUGGAGAUAGACCACUGCCCUGCUUUCCCCCCUUUCCCUCACCAUGUGGCCUUUCCCACCUAAUACGCUGCUUCUGGCUCAUAGUAGGUUUCGCAGGCCAGGCUGGUCCAGGCGUGCCACCCUCCCUUAAUGGCACAGGGAAAGUCCACAGACUCGACGCACAGCAAAAAGGCUAUGGGGUUUCAUUGGUGGUAGCAGUUCCAGAAUGCUGGGAAGGCAAGCUAACAGCAGGAGGACAGUAACAGCCGGAGAGGAGACAGAGUUUGGAUGCAAGUGAUGGAAACAGAGGUGUAACAGUUGGAUAAACAGACAGGAGAAGGGUGAAGGAUGUGGGGACAGGUGGAAAGAGGUCAGAUGAAAGGAAAAGGAGAUCAGAAGAGAGCUAUGGAUGGCAUUUUACAGAAUAUUCAAAUGGAGAGAAAUUCAGCAAAUGUGGGUUUCUGAAUGUGAUUCAUGUUUCUUACAACUCAAACUUUCCACCAAUCAGAAUCCUUUUGUGUUUUCUUACCCACUUUGACUAAAAUGCCACUGAUUUGGUGGCAUGUGCUUAGAAAGAAGGUACAGGUAGUCCUUACAACCACAAUUGAGCCCAAAUUAUUUUUUUGCUAAGUGAGACAUUUGUUAAUUGAGUUUGGCCCCGUUUUUCAAGUUUUUGUGCCGAUGUGGUUAAGUGAAUCACUGCAGUUCUUAAAAUAGUAACAAGAUUUUUAAGUAAAUCUGGCUUCCCCAUUGACUUCGUUUGUAAUAAGGUCACAAAAGGUGAUCUCGUGACCCCAGAACAUUGUAACUGUCAUAAAUAUGAGUCAGUGGCCAAACAUCCAAAUUUUCACUAAAUGAACUAUUGUAUAUCGAGGACUACCUGUAUUUUGAAACCAAAUGAAGGUGUGUUUAAAUCGGCAACCUAAGGUUUUGUUCUGUUUUUUUAAUUCAGCAGGUCUUAAAUGUAUCUCUCUUUAGAGUCAGUUCUGCUAAGCCGGUUGAGUGAUUGAAUAACUGCACGUAUCAUACAACACCUGGGUCAUGUGAAAUUUCCAUUCCGCAAUAAACUUCUACGCUUAUCAUUACAUAAGUCAUAAAUCAACAUAUUGCAUGCGGACUUCCAAUAGAAAGUCCACACUAAUCUUUUCAAUUGUGUAGCAGUAAGAGAUGUUGAUUUGAGAAUAGAAAGAACACGGAAAACUGGUUUAGGAGAAUAAGAGAGAAGUGGUGGGAGGAAUAGUUAAAUGAAGGAAAAUCAAAUUCAAAGCCUAUUCAUACUUAUAAGAUGCAUUGAUAUUUCAUCAUUGAGUUAUUCAGCCACAGGCCCAGCUUACUUAGAAAAUCAUAUGGGAAUGAAUUGGUUGUAUUGAAAAGCAUCAGAUUUCAAUAAGUAUGAAAGGUCUUACUGCAGUGUUAGUUUUGUACUGGCUUCUUAAGGCCUAGAAAUCACCCAUUUGUAUAAUCCUAUUAUUAUGUGAUAAACAUACAAAUGUGAAAUAGCUCUGGGAAGGUGACUGUGUGAACAGUUCCAUUGAAGAAGUAAAGCAGUGUUUCUCUUAGCAACUCUUAAGACAUGUGGACUUCAAUUUCCAAAAUUCUCUGGUCAGGAAGACUGGCUGGGGGAUUCUGGGAGUUGAAGUCCACAUGUCUUAAGAGUUGCUAAGGUGAGAAACACUGAGGUAGAAGGUUGUAAGUUUUACAAAAAACACUAUUGAUAAUUGAUGUGCUGUCUCUACAUUCAUUGCACAAUUGUAGGCCUAUCUUAAGUGUCUUAACAAGGCAUGGGUUGUGGAUUGAAAAGGAGCCAGGAUUUAUGAUCACUGGAUUUCUGAAUCGGGUCUGCGGUCCAUGAAGUGAUCCAUGCUGCUAGUAGGUUUUGAUUCCUCUUCAAACAAUUGUUGAGAUAUUUUCAUGGGAAAAAAGCAUAUCUGUAUUAUGAAAAGGUUACCAUUAAACAUAGGCCACUUAUUUUGUAAUUUAUAUUGUUUUCUAUAGAUUUAACCAGGGGUUUAUCUUACUAUGAUAUGCGAUGGUCUAAAAAAAUAUAGAGAUUUUCCCCUGCUCCCCAGGAAACAUGAGAUAGAAAGAGAAAUGCCAGAAGUCAGGGCUUCUGUGUGUGGAAGGAGGAAGUAGAUUAAAACAAGGCAGUUGCUGAUUUUUUUUUAAAGUGUUUAUUUAAUUUCAGUUGCCAGAAUGUAUAAUAAAGACAAUUAUUCAGUAGUAUUCUUGUCCUGGCAGACCAAACUGCAGGCAUUUUGGUCAAAGCCAAAAUAGAGUAAUUCAGCUAUAUUGUCUGAAGAAAGAAAUAUUUUUCCCAGUGAGGAAAGGAAAUGCCAUCUCGCUUUUCUUUUGCCCCUCACAUUCUUCUCCAACUGACAAAGAACCCAGUCAUUUAAAAUCCAAGUAUGCCCCCUUGCAGGUUUAGCUAUGCUAUUACAGAAUCCUGGACAGAUUUGAGUAACAUGCUUACUGAUCCUGAUUUAAUCUUGAAUGCGGUUGCAUAAAUAAGCAACACCACAGCCCUUUUGGGAUAAGUUAAAUAAAUGCAUAAGAUGUCCACCUUUGAUGAAACUCACAACUAUAUAGUGAAACUAGCUUUGGAACAACUGUCAGGGCUGAAAAAUAUCAGAUUGCCUUCGUUAUUGGAAAGAAAACAAGGUUGAUAUUUUACCAAUGAAAAAAUACUCAAAGGUGCUUUUUCAAAAGGCAACUGGAUUUUGUUUGUUUGUUUGUUUUUUGAGGAAAAAGAUGUUUUCUUGAGGAAGAAGUAAAAUGUUUUCUUCUUUUUCAUCAAAGAAAAAACAGUCCAGUUUUUUUUAAAAAAACACCUUAGAGACAACUAUGACCUGGAUGACUGAGGAUCUCCGGAUAUAAUGAAAGAAUAAUUUCAGGUUUUGGAGGCGCAAGGUUUAUAGAGUUUUAUAUAGCUACCUCCCACUUGUAGUUCACCUGUGUUUCAUUAUUUUUUCUAAUUUGUAAAAAAAAAUAAAAUGAAGACGCCAAGACAGAUUAGCUAGACAACAUGUUUUGAAUUGCUAAUGCUGGGAGUGAUCCCUAUAUGAGUUCAGAAUUUUGAUCACAUGAUCAUGGAAAUGCUACAAAGGCUGUAACUGAAAAUUGCCGUAAAUCACUUUUUUUCAUGCCAUUAUAACUUUUAACAGUCACUAAAUGAACUGUUGUAGGUUGAGGACUACCUGUAUUUAGGCCUCUUUCACAUCAGAACUGUUGUUUCCCCUUUUCAAGCUAGCAGUAGUUGACAGUGUUCAAACUUAGCAAUAUUAGAAUUGAGAGGCAUAUUAAAAGAACAAGAUCAGCAUAAUGGUUGGUGACUUGAAUCCCUACUCUGUAUUUCCAAAAUCCAACAUUUACUAUAAGUUGCAAAAGGUGUGGACAUUGCAUAUAUUUGUUCACAUUUCAAUAUAAGAUGGCUACAAAGAAAAGGGGUUUUUACUUACAGCCUCCGUUUAUUUUUACAGUAUAAUGUCUAUAACUAGAAAUCACUUAUUUCCUCUGCUCAAAAUGUAUGUGUUCAAGAGGCAAAAACAGGCAUGUAUUUAUGGACAGGGUAUAUAUACACUGGUUCCCAUUUGGAAUGCUGUUUCAAAAGCAUGAAAUACAGAUCUAUUUUGCCUGCUUUUAUUAUCCAUCAAAUCAAACUAUUUUCUAAAACAGUUUUAUUAUUGAAUUCUGGAAAGCCAAAUAUGAAAUGUCAAGAGGGGGAAAGGUUGAAAAUGAAAGAUCAGUUUAGAAAUAGAUUUGCAGAUUAAGCACAGUAGCACAGAAUUCUGUACAUAACAAUAUGGUUGCCAAAUGUGUGUGUGUGUGUGUAUUCAGAUACACACAAACACAUAUCCUGGAUCUCUGAAGCUGGGAACCUUGUGUCUUAUUAACAGCUCAUUUUAUCUUACAUAGGGCUAAAAUGUAUACAUUUAUCUUUGCAUUUCCUGCUUUUUGUUAGAAAUAACUCCGGUCAUCUCAUGAUUGGUGUGUGUGUGUGUGUGUGUGUGUGUGUGUGUGUGUGUGUGUGUGAGUUUCAGCUGAAAUACAUCUGGAAAAUUUUUAUUCUUUUUCACUCAAAAGCCUGAAGAAUGAAAUUCACGUUACAGAUUGUUCAUAUCUAAGACCAGAGUUUACAGAUCCUGCAAUUGAUAUGUGAAAAUUGGAAUGAUGGAAAAUUUUGACACUGAGACACUCUGCUUUGAGAGUACAGAGGAGAUGAGGAAUAUACCAAAACAAAAUCAAAAUGGCUUCACAUAAAAAGAGACAGCUUGUAUGGGAUUCAUUCAAAAAAACAAAAAAAUGAAUGCAGAAUAGCAUUUAUCAUAUGUGAAGUUGCCAUACUAUGUUUUUGACAGCAUUGUAAGCUGAGUAUUUCUAAUUUCUAAGUAAAGAAAUUUUAUUGUCCUGCACCAUAUUAGAAAGUUGGAAAAUAAUGGAAUAACUAUAUUUUUAUCUUCUCAGUUGGGCCAUGUAAGAUAACUGGUUUAUCAAGUGAUUGCAUAUAUGCCAUUGGUAAAUAAUUUUUAUGUUUUACUAAAAAAAAAAAAAAGCCUGUGGAACUCUACACUUUAGAUGUUUGGUGUAGCUUGGACAUAAUAUAUAAAGAACAAUGAGGUUCCAUUUGUUAUUGGUCUCUGUAUGCGCAUAAAUGAAAGAGAGGUGAUGGAGAAUGUAUUGUUUCAUUGGGACAAACAUUACCAGCUGUGCAGAUGUUGAGGUCUCCUUAGCUAUGUCCUAAUUUUAAAAUUAAUAAAGCUUAAUAUAAAUGUG